AUGGAGUGUCGUUUGGAGCUGAAGAAGGGUUCAAGUGAUAGACCACCUUUUGUGGCAGCUGAGAAGAAGGUAUUGGCCAAGGAAAGCCAAAGAUCAUAUCUUCCUGAUAAGUUCAGAGAUGAUAAACGCGGGUUAUCUUACUCCGACUUCCACCGCGAGAUCACGAAGAAAGUCGAGGACGUGUGUCCGAAACGCUUGGAGAAUCGUCUGAAGUCGCGGAUAGGUAGAACCGCGUCAGGAGAGAGAGACCUUGUGAAGUACAAGUCGUAUGUGCCGAGUUAUAUAAAGAAAUGCGAGAAGCUUGAAGUGAAAGACGUUAAAGCUGGUGGUGGCAUUGGCUCGCAGGAGAUUAAGAAUAGGCAAUCGGGUGGUGGUGAUAAGCAGAUGGAUAAGCAUACAAGGUCUUCGUUGUCCAACACAAGCACGUCUUCAUCGCUCUGGACUGAUGAAUCGUCGACUGAUUCAAGCAGAGGUCUGUGCGCUUCUCCUUUCCGCAAAAGGAUUAAUCACCCUCCUCUUCAGUACUAUCUGAUGUCUUCUAAGCCUGGAGAUUGUCCUAAAGAGUUUGUUCCACCUCGUGAUGAUGGUGAUACUUCCCAGUGUCAUAGCUCUUUGCCAGGAAGAGAUGUGCAGAUUCAUCAAAGCCCUCGGGGAACUGCGUUCCUGCAGAACGAGAAGAAAGAUUCUGAUUUUAAGAUUGUUCCAAAAACCAAAACUUUCUUGACUCCAUCAAAGCCUGAUAGUCCUUCCUGCACGAGGGUAAUAUCGAGGAAUCUAGCUGAUGAUUUUAAGAAAAAAGGAGAGAAGAUGGAUGAAAGAAUCCGAAAUCCUCGUGUUCAUGAUCUGUUUGGAAAAGAAAAGCCUGCUGCUGUAUUUGUACCAGGGAUUGUUUCUCAGAAACAGAUCAUCGGUUUGUCUAAGUUCUAUGAUUCAAAAGUGUUGCUCGCUGAGAGAGUGGCGGAAACUAAUAGAAAAGGGUUCCCGGAGAGGUUAGCGUUUGGACAUGGUGCAGUCCUGGACUCUGAUGUAGCUACCUUCCGACGUGAACGUGAAGCUGAUGGAAGCAAACCGUUCUCAAAGCGUCUCAACUUCUUGAGUGCAGAUAAAAACAGAUCUUUAUCAGAAAGAUCUCGCUCAGCUCCACGAUCAAGAAAGGCCGAACCUAGUCCCUCAAGGAGCAGGACUCUAGACAGAAGGUCAACGGAAACACUCCCCAAGCAGUCAGAUUCGAAACCCGUUAAACCUGUAUCAGAAAGAGCAAGAAGCAUUUCACCGUUUCGCCGACUCAGCUUCAGCAUGGGAAAGUCAAGCAAAAACUCCAACUCUGAAGAAGCUCAGACUCCUCCACACUUGAGCGCAACGCUUCCAUCAUCACGAGCUGGUUUAGACCACCGAUCCACCUCUUCUAUCAGUGACAGCUCUUCUUUUGAUAAUACCAGUGCAGCAAACAGAGGCAGGUCUAGUCCCUUGAGAAGGUUUCUCGAGCCGCUGAUAAAACCAAAAUCAAGCCAUGCAUGUAGAUCUCCUGAGCCAUCAUCACUAAAGUGCUCACCUUCAAGUACACACCAAAAGCAUAUUCUUCCUGAGGGUCAACCAUCAUCUUCUUCAACCCUUAUGUCAAGAAACGUAAAAUCUUCAACCGUUCAGGCUCUUUUCCGCGUCACGUCUAAGAAUGAUCAACCACUGUUCACUUUUGCGGUUGACAAGGAACAGAGUAUCACAGCAGCCACGAUAAGGAAACCGAUGGCACCAGAGAAGGAAGACUGUGGACACAAGUACACGUUCUUCACUGUUCAGGAAGUACAGAAGAAAAACGGAAAAUGGAUGAACCACGGCAGGAAGAUGCAAAACCAAGAGUACACAUCCAACAUCGUCGCUCAGAUGAGAGUCUCCGGUUCCGUCGAUAACCUCUUAACCAGAGAAUUUGUACUCGUUGCAUCCGAAUCGCAGCAGCGGAGUAACGAGCUAGCUGCCAUGGUGAUCAAGAUACCGAAAACUGAUGACACGAGCUCAACCAAAGACCAGAAACAGAACGAGACCACACUUGGAGAUUUCUUUGCAGACGUUAACGCAACAAUUGUGCUUCCAAGUGGAAUUCACAGUCUCCCACACAAAGGAGGGCCUUCGUCGCUGAUCCAACGAUGGAAAUCAGGUGGUUCAUGUGACUGUGGAGGCUGGGACAUGGGUUGCAACCUUAGAAUCCUCACCAAUCAGCAUAAUAAACCCAGACACCUCUCUGUCUCCACUUCAGAUGCCUUGAAGCUUUUCUUUCAGGGAGGAUUACAGGAUAGUAAGAACCAACCAUUCUUGAGUUUCACUCCGUACAGAGAAGGUGUUUACGCGGUUGAGUACAAUACAUCACUCUCACUCUUGCAAGCAUUCUCCAUUUGUAUAGCGGUUAACGAGGGAAGGAACACGUUAAAGACCGUGGAACCAAACACUUCACGUGUAGACAACAGAGCUUGUGGAGAAGUGUCAUCGAUGAUCCAAAACGAGAGGUUGAAGUCAUUUUCAGGUCCUAUUGAAGCUGAAGCUCCUGCAAAGUAUCUCUCACACCAUCCACCUUUGUCUCCUGUUGGUAGGUUUAUGAUGAUGGGUUCGUAUUUUCUAUGUAAUUACGGUGUGGGAUAG